AGGAUUUGCAGCUGUCAGAGUCUAAACGAGAAGAGUCACGACGAGCUACUCGAGGACGAGUGCUUCGACCGGUCGACAAAGCGCUACAUAGACAUGCAUUCGCCCAUGGAGGCCAAUGCCCACCUACAGUGCCAUGCCUCCAAUCUGGAGCUGACCACACUAGAGGAGCUCAGCUGUUUGGAACCAAAAAUACAAAAAACGCUUCUAUUGAUCAUGCGCGAAAUGAUUGGUACCGAACGCGACUAUGUGCGCUCCUUGUACUACGUAAUCGAGAACUAUAUCGAUGAGCUGUUGCGAGAGGACAUUCCGCAGCCUUUGCGAGGUCAGCGGAACGUGAUCUUUGGCAACAUUGAGAAGAUCUUCGAGUUUCACAAUUCGCACUUCCUUGGCGAACUGGAGCGCUAUGAGCGCAAUCCGCUCAAGGUGGGCGCCGCCUUCCUGGAAAUGGAAUCCAAGUUCUAUUUGUAUGCGCUGUACAACAAGAAUAAGCCCAAGAGCGACACGCUGCUGAGCGAAUAUGGCAGCUCCUUCUUCAAGCCCAAGCAGCUGCAGCUGCAGGACAAGAUGGACCUGGCCUCCUACUUGCUGAAGCCCGUCCAGCGCAUGGGCAAGUAUGCGCUGCUGCUGCAGCAGCUGGUCAAGGCGGUCAAGAGUGUGGAGGGCGCAGCACUGCAAGAGAUUGCCGCCGUGGAGGAGCUGCAGCGUGCCGAGGAGAUGGUCAAGUUUCAAUUGCGACAACGCAACGACCUGCUGGCCAUGGACUCGCUGCGGGACUGCGAUGUUAAUGUGAAGGAGCAGGGACGACUGCUGCGACAGAACGAGUUCCUCGUGUGGCAGGGGCGCGGCGGCAAGAAGACGCUGCGACAGGUGUUCCUCUUCGAGGAGCUGGUGCUGUUCAGCAAGGCACGACGUUUCCUCCCCGACCACAAGAACUUGGACAUUUACAUAUACAAGAACAGCAUCAAGACCUCGGACAUUGGGCUGACAGCGCACACGGGCGACUCGACGACCAAGUUUGAGAUUUGGUUCAGGAAACGCAAGCCGGACGACACUUGGAUGCUGCAGUGCAUGUCGGAGGACAUUAAGAACGCCUGGACCGAAGAGAUAUCCAAGCUGCUCUGGAAGCAGGCGAAACGAAAUCGAGACAUUCGCCUAGCGGAGAUGUCCUCCAUGGGCAUUGGCAGCAAGCCCUGCCUGGACAUACGUCCCAGCAACAAUCAGAUCAGCGAUCGUUCCAUACCACUAACACAACUAAACAAGAGUAAGUCGCUGGCUAAGCUGGAGAUGCAGCGCUUAACCAAUUCCUUUACAGCACCCAGCUGCGCCACGCUAGCCUGGCAAGGGCAGCAUGCGACGUCCCAACUCGCUAAUCUCGGAGAGCUCGCUCUCCAGCGGCACCAGCACCACGAGCAGCAGCUCCAUGAGGCGGCGGCUGCUCCUCCAGCCAUGCUUCACACGAGACUGGCCGACAUAGCCCUCAAUCUGAGCUUCAGCAAACUCUCGAGCAACAUCAACAACAGCAGCAGCCCGCUACCUUGCAGCAGCGAGCAGCAGGAGAACUCGGCAGCUGCCAGAGGGCAGGCCACGCCCACGCUCACGAGCAGCGGCUCCAACCGAAGCAACAAGCGACAACACAAGCGUUCGACGACAAUUGUCAGCCAGCUGUCCAUGGAGAGCGGCAUACUGUCCGAUAUGUCCAUAACGCCGGAUCAGGAGCAUGCCCACUUAGCCGCCGAGCAGCUGUCUGGCAACAGAGGCAGCUGGUCCACGACCCUGGCCAGCACCAGCACGAGCACGAACACGAGCAGCUCGACCGUUAUACUGCGUCGCUACAAAUCGUACGCCCACGCAGCUGAGGCAGCGAGUCCACCCGAGAGCAAUAAGUGAAGCAAUCUCGAAUACCAGCGAGAGAGAGGAAAGGGAAAUGCGGACGAGGAGCAAGAGGAGGAGGAGGAGGAGGAGGACUAGAAGAGAGUAUACAUAGCUUUAGCGAAACGGUUUCAUCAGAUUCAAAUUAUCAUAUACAUAUACAUAUAUAUGCAU